AUGUCAGAGCUGAGUUUAAUUGGAGAAACAGUGAGAUUUGCGAAGUUUCCAGCACGAAUAGUAGAAGUCCUUGCGAGUACACAAACUGUUAAAUUAUAUUUGGCUAAAGAUCCAGAAAACCGCACCGUGCUUAUUAUACCUAUUUUAAUUAAAUUUGAGCAUUAAAUAUAUAUUUAAAAAUGGGAUUAUUUUAUAUAAAAAUUAAUAUAAAAAGCUUUAAAUAUCUCUCCUUGCCACAAAAUGAAUUAAGCUUCAGACGAGAAUUAAAUGCCUACAAGAAAAUCGGAAGCCACCCCAAGAUUGUCACACAAUUUGACUACCUUGAAGAAAGCAAUUUAUGGGGAGCUUUUCUUCUUGAGUACUGUAGCGGAGGGGAUUUGAAGACAUUUAUGAACGAGGACGAAAUAACAGAGCAACAAGUGAUAACUAUUUUGCGUGAUAUUGCGAUGGCACUCAAUCACUGUUAUAUCUAUUACUUUUAUAUAAAUGCUUUUAAAAAGCAAUUUCAAUUAAUUAAUGAUAAAUUUAUUAGAAAAAAAAUUUGUGAUUAAUUAAAAUAAAUUCAAAAUACCCUCAAUCAUAUCCACCAGAAGAAAGUGACUCAUCGGGCCUUGCGUCCUGAGUGUAUUUUUAUUACCACUGAUUUUAAAUUCAAACUUGGCGAUUUCAGCUCAGCCAUAUCUGAAGAAGAAAUGAGUGGGCUUUACGGAGCAGCGCUCUCAGAUGAUAUUGAAGCCCACACAAAGGGGGAGUACAGGGCUCCAGAGCAGCUGGACUUAACCCCAGGCUAUCCUUUAGGAACUCAAGUUGACAUGUGAGGCCUUGGCUGCUUAAUUUAUGAGCUUCUUUUUCAUCAGUCCGCUUUUACCUCUGGAAAUCAGCUAGACCAGCUCAGAGGAAAAUAUAGAACUCCUAAUAAGCAAAUCGGGGGAUGGUGGCGUGCAUUACUUGCAAGGCUUUUUGAGGUAAAUCCGAGAGAAAGAGCGACAUCACAAGAAAUUCUUCAGAUGAUCCAAGACAAUACUGUGACUAAACCUUUAUAUGCAGAAGGGCAAGAAACUCCUAAAGGCAGUACAUCACUAUCAAGUUUUUUUAUGAAAAGCAGCAAUUCAUGGGUAAAAGCUAUAACUUCUGAUGGGGACGCUCCUCCUGAUAGUCAAUUUCUGAACAAACUUACUCCCAUAAAACCCAUUUAGAAAAGUGCCUACUUUUGGUAAUAUAUAAACUAUAAGUAUUUAUAAUAAAUUUUUAGAUAGCUUGUAUAUAAAAAUUUCUAAGAAAAUAUUUUUUUUUUAAAAAAAAAACUUGUUCGCGCUGAGUUAUAGGAAAGGCAUGGAAUAAGCCUUUUAAAAUUUCAAAAUUUUUCAAAGCAUUAAUGCAGAGACCAGUAGAAAAAACGACAGUUGCAUUAAAAUGCUUGUUGGUAUUACACAAAUAUAUGUUUGGUGGCCCUAAGCAGAUUUUCACCCAAGAAAUAGGCCCAAAUCAGUUUUUAGACACCCUUCAGCACACUUGGGCUUCCCCAACAAAAGCAAAAAAGGAUAAAUUUGCUAAUGAAUAUUUUCGAGGACUAAUAGGUCACUAUUCAAACGUCCUCAAAGAGAAAUCCAAGCUCCAUCUCGAAACCCGUACCUGUGGGAAUUGGACAGAAAACGACACAUUAGACAUCCCUGCAAUAGAAUCUUUGCUUACCUAUUGGUACAAGCUUAUCCAAGUCUCUAAUACCCUCUUUAUGGGUGUCGACGAGCUUUCAAAGCUCAGAUCUUCAGUUGCUGCUUUACUAUUAGAAGAACAAGAAAGACUUGAUUCUUUAAUCUGGCAAGGAAUAAGAACCCUUCAGCCAGGCAACCAAGUAAACGAAAUUACCUCAAAAUACUACCAGCACCAACAAUGGACUGCAUCUCUAAUCACAAGUUUCCGCCAAAGGCAUUCUAUAGUCACUAUAAACCAAAUCCCAAACACCAAUGAGCCUGAUCCUGACAAAACUUUAAUUUUUGACGCAAAAAAACAAAGACGGCAGACCCAGCUACACCCUCUUCCAACUAAAGAAAGAAGCUUUGAAAUUGAAAUUUCCCACACAGCAGAUACCAAAGUGACCAAUGGUGACGAUCCAAACACCCCUGCGUCUAAAUCAGCUACUUUAUCUAACGACACAAGCCCAAUUUAUAUAGAAGAAAACCUAAAUAAGAUGUCAAUUACCUCACCUGAUAUUCCGAGGACUAUUGCAGAAGAAGACUCGCCGCCUCACAAGCCAAUCCAAAAUAAUAUGUUAGAAAAAGCGCCUAAGAAAAGCUUGUGGGAAAAUCUUCAAGAUUCCCCAUGGCUAAUAAAACCAGACGAGCUAGUCCCAGAAGAAGAAAUUGGGGUCGGCAGUUCUUGUAUAGUAUAUAAAGGACUGUAUAGGCAUACCCCAGUAGCUAUAAAGGUGAUGAAAAAAUCUAAUAUUGAAGGAGCAAUGGAAAAUGAAUUUAAUAGAGAAUUGACGACUUUAAUGAGAAUGAGGCAUCCUAAUUUAGUAUCAUAUGAUAAAUAAAAGGCUAUUUUCUAUAUUAAAUACAAGGAAAAAUCAAAAUCAUUUUAAAUUGUAUAUUAUUUAUGGGAGCUUGCAUAGAAAAUCAGCUUUGCAUUGUCACUGAAUUUUGUGCAGGUGGAAGCUUAUUUAGGCUUCUCUACGAAAAUAGAGAAGUUAAGCUGUCCUGGAAACAGAGAAUAAAAAUAGCAAAAGAUGUAGCACAAGGCAUGGCAUUUCUCCAUUCGUCAAAUCCUCCUAUUAUCUAUAGAGACUUAAAGUCCUUAAAUCUGUUACUAUCAGAGCCUGUAACUACCCAAAAUGACCAUAUUUCUGUAAAAAUUGCAGACUUCGGCAUCGCAAAGUUCGUAAGUGACGAACAUAUGACUGGACAAAUGGGGACUUGCCACUGAAUGGCUCCAGAAGUAUUAGGAAGCCAACCCUACACAUUAGCAGCUGAUGUAUAUUCGUUUGGAAUUGUCCUAUGGGAAAUCCUUGCUAGAGAAACCCCUUAUAGAGGUAUAAACCCAGUCGUUAUCCCUUACAAAGUCCUACAGCUAGGCGAAAGGCCAGAUAUAAACAAAAUCCCUCCUACAACCCCAAUAGAGCUUAGAGACCUUAUCACCCAAUGCUGGGCACAAGACCCUGAAUCCCGGCCUACCUUUUCAAGCAUCUUGCAAGCCCUCAAUAGCAUUUCAAUUUAA